AUGCGAAUCCUGAAUUGCUGCUUUCGGCCACUGCGCACGGAGCCUGGCCUUGACGGGAACAACUCUUCCGAAUGCGAUGCCCAUGAGUUGGAGAAGGAGGUAUCUGUUGCGCAAAGAAACAAUUUCUCAAGUGAAAAGUCCAGGUAUAAGGAUGAAGCCUUGCAUCAACAGGUAUCGCUAGCACAUGCGCAGCGCGUUAUAUCUGCAAUUGCGGGGGCAUGUGAGGAGGCGUGGCUCUGCCGUAUCGACGCGGCCUUGGCCGUCGUGCAGGAGCACUUCGACGCCGAAAGCGUCAGUCUCCAUGCGGUGUACGACGGUGGGCUGUCGUUCGCCACGUUGUCCGCUUGCGGCAUUGGCGCAGAGGAUCUCCCUCGAGGGUUGCCGUACAGCCUAACCCAGGAUCUCACCAGCAGCGUGGCGGUGUUGCUGGCAAACCAGCGUCUGAAUGACCGGCACGGGUUGCGGCACUUCAUUUCGGCCCCCCUGCUCGGCGGGGACCUGGUGGUGGGGGCACUGACGUUGGCGUCCAGGCGAGGUUCUCUGCCCCCCCCUAGUUGGCAAUCCGGUACACUGGCGCUGGUGGCCGCAACCCUGUGCCUGCUGCUGCAACAACGGCAGCUGUCCAUAGCCACAAGCAUCAUGACGGAAAUACAUCUGUCAAGGAAUAUUGAUGAGCUUGUACGGGCUGUACGGCGCGGCGUGUACGACAUGGUGGUGGCGACGACGCACCUGCCGCCGGUGCUACGACUGGCGCUCAUCCGGACGGAUGGCUCCGCGGCGGCUGUGUUUGAGGAGCAGCCGCAACGGCGUAGCAGCUUCACUCGGCUGUCGGUUUGCUCCGAAGCCGCCGCUCCCGCCGCCCCUGCCGGCGUGCCCGAGAUGCUGCUGCCCGGCACUUCCCGUCGCUCGAUUGACGUGGCCGCUGGCCGCAUCAGCGCCAAUCAGCUGCUGGGCCAGCAGCAGCUUCACUCGUUCGUGCUCACACGUGACCGGCUGACCGGCAACAACCCCCAGCUGGGGGCGAGUCUACGUGUGGAGGUAAGAGCUGCGGGGCCGUGGGGGAUCAGUAGAGGUCGGCCCAGAUCCUUCAUGCUGCCGGCGGAUGCAGCGCCGGCGGCGGCCGCAGCGCCGGCGGCCGGAGUGGCCUCUGAUCAGUCUCUGGAUCGCGGCUGGGUACCUGGGGCUUCACAGGAGCGGCUUACGGUUCCGGCGGCGGCGGCGGCGGCGGCAGCGGCGAGCGGUGCCCGGGGACACAGCCUAUCCUUGAGUAACACGCUGUUGGGGGAAGCCCUCCAGAAGGACUGCGGGCUGUGGAUCUCCGACUGCACCUUGUACCUGCAGGAGGCCCGGACGUUUCCCCGCGAUAUCGUUUUCUCCCGGGGAAGCCGCGCGGUGCACUCCAUCGCUGUCUGCAGCGGCCGCCACAACGGCCUGCCUCUGCUGGGGGCGUACUGCGUGUACGGUGCCGUACUACCGCGGCAGCUGCUGCGCGCUGUCACAUUGGAAGUGGAGCAGUUGCUCAAGAACCGCCUCUCCGCCUCCAUGGCCCCCGAGGUCUCCGUCGCGCUGGGAGUCGAAGGAUCGCCCAUCCGGGCACCCGGCUCGCCGCGGUCGCAACUGGCCCAGCAGCUGGCAGGCGGUGGCGGCGGGCCGCCGCCGCCGCCGCAACCUGUGCAGCUGCUGCCAAUGCCGGUGUCCGUGGCGACGACGGGGAUGAGAGCGAACGAGCAGCUGUACGAGCGGUGCACGUCGGUCAUGGGCGUGCCGCGGACGAUGGCUGCUGCUGCCGCCGCCGCCGCUGGCGCCGCCGACGGCGUGCCGCUGCCGUCCAGCAUGUUGUUGUCGACGGCGACGCGGUUUAGCGACGCGACGGAAGGGGAGUCGGCGUCGGCGGGCCCAGCGCAAGACCAAGCCGUUGACUCCGUGCCAGCUCUGACGCCGGGACAGGGAUUCGCGCCGGGGCUGGCCCCGCCUGCGCGGGCGGCAGGCGGCCCCCGGCCCGCAAUCCUGACCUCCCUCCGCGCCAUGGGCUUAAUGGCCAAGUCCUCUUCCGGAACCUCCUGUGAUGUCUUCUUACCCCCCAGCCUAGUUGACGGCGUGAUGCAGUCAGCGACGGCAGCGACACCCGCGCCGCUGCAUGCCGGCACCGUCACUCCCAUACGACCCUGCUCAACUGGCAGCCCAGGUGCCCCCAGCGCCUUUGUGUUCGUGUCGUCGCUGCUGGGCUCGCCGGCAGGGGAGAUGACGGGGACGGCGACGGCGACGGCGACGGCAGUGACGUUGUCGUGCCAAGACUCGUCCAUACACAACACGGCAGUGGCGCUCAGAACGCAGGGCAGCGGCGUCGCAGCUGGCGGUGGCAGCUUAUGUCGUACAACAGGCAGCAUGAUGCGUACGAUGCUAGCGGCGCCGUCGUUCACGGUGGAGAGUGUACGGAGCUCCCUGGGAGGGGGGCUGCGACGGGCGCCGCUGGUUUCGGGGCUGCAUGAGCGGCUGGCGGCGGCGCAGGCGUCGCGGCUUGUGCACGGCAGUGCGAUUGAGCACCAGGAGGAGUUGGCGGCGAUAGAAGUCCUCGAGAAGGCAAGCAGAGUGUGCGGGGAGCGCGGGGCCGUGUGGGCCUUCAUGAAGCUGUAG